UAACUAAGCUGGUUUUAUACUAACGGUCACAAUUUUUGUUUUAAGUUAUUCAAAUUAAAUAAAAAGAACGAAUUUUAAACUUUAAAAGGAAAAAGAAAUGUAAAUGUUAAUGUAAGCAGUCGACCGUUACACCGAACCUAACGCCAAGGCCAUCCCUUCCCUACCCUACUUCUUCCUCCGUCUCUUCAAAUUCUCUUCCUCCAACUUCCCUCCUUUCUUCAUCAUUUCAACAAUGGUCUCCAAGAUCAUCAAAAGGUCCCCUACCAACCCCUUCCGCCGCCACCGCCGCAAGUCUCCAAUCAAGAAUGCCCCCUCCGCUGUCGUUGCCACCAUUAACCGCUCUCUCUACACCUGCCACCGCCGUCUUCUCAAGAUCUUUUCCAAGUUGGCCCGUAUCAGCACUCCCAACCGUCACAAAGGCUACAAAUCGUUGAGGAAAACCAACUCUUCCUCCUCUGAGUCUGAACCCGACAUUGUCCGAACCCUAGUCUUCGACAACCGCCUACUCCCUCCUCUCAUUUACCCGGCCAAGCGGACCGUUCUCCUCGACCUAGACGAGACUUUGGUCCAUUCCAAACUGGACCCACCGCCAGCGAAGUUCGAUUUCGUAGUUAGGCCGAGGAUCGACGGCGAAGUACUCAACUUCUACGUGCUCAAACGCCCUGGUGUGGAUCAAUUUCUUGAAGCCCUAGCGGAUAAAUACGAAAUAGUGGUGUUCACAGCGGGAUUGAAGGAAUAUGCGUCGCUUGUGUUGAACCAUUUGGACAAGAAAUCGGUGAUUUCGCACAGAUUGUAUCGCGAUUCUUGUAAGGAGGUGGACGGGAAAUAUGUGAAGGAUUUGUCUGAAAUCGGGAGGGACUUGAGAAGAGUAGUGAUUGUGGAUGAUAACCCAAAUGCUUACGUUUAUCAACCGGAAAAUGCGAUUCCGAUUACGUCGUUCGUGGAUGAUCCGGCGGAUACGGAGCUUCGGAAAUUGGUAAGGUUCUUUGAGGUAUGUGAUUGUUACGAUGAUAUGAGAGAUGCCGUAAAGCAGUAUCUGAGUAGAGAAGAAGUUUGAAAUCGGUGAGUUUGUUUGUUUGUUUGUGUGUUGAUUGAAAUGCUAUUAUAUGAUUAUAAUCAAAUGUUGAACAGUGAGUGUUCAAUUUCAAAUGAAAAAAAAGGAACUCCUUUUUCUUUCCUCUUUGUGUAAUUCAAAUUCAAUCCAUAGUAACACAAUUAACAAUUAACAGUUAAUUGUAUUUGCUUUGGGUUUCUUGAUGAUGAUGAAUAUGUACCGAUCAUUUUGUGCAAGUUUUAUUAACAUUGAUUCCAUUUAAUUUUUAACA